UGAGAGAUGUAAACACAGGCUUGACCGAGUUGCGAAGUCCAUUGUAUCAAGCUAGCCAUACACUGUCAUUCAAAGGGGAAAAUGCGCAGGGAUUGAACUAAGGAAAAGAAAAUAUUAAGCGAUUUAAAGAGCCUGGGCUGGCGCAUGGAAAAUCAUCUUUAAUAUGUUAGUGAAACAGUGGGUCGGGUAAGAAUAACUUGUUCGUGAAUGGCUGAGUGUUUGGUGGCCAGAACUCCAAACUGAGUGGGGGUAGAGGUGAAGGGCACAGUGGUACAGGGCACAGUCAGUGGUGUUACAGGAGGGAUGGACCAGGACUACGAGAGACGCCUUCUGAGGCAAAUCAAUCACCAGAAUCUGCCAGAACGCCGACUGGCCAAAUCAGGGUGUGCGAGCUCCAGUCCAGUCAGUGUCAAGUCAGGAGAUCGCUUUAUCCCUACCCGUGCUGGCAGCAACUGGAGUGUCAAUUUCCACUGCACCAAUGAGAACUGUAGAUCUCCAAACCAGAACCAUAAAGCUAAAGAAGCUGGCUCUGACACGGGAAAAGAUGCUGUUGCAUACGCUGCGUUACUAAGGAACGAACUGCUGGGGGCAGGCAUUGAGACAGUGCCCGACCCGCAUGCUGACGACCGCAGACACGCCCUUCCCACCGAGGGCACACACAGUCUCUUCAGGUACACUGUCCACACAAAGAGAGUGCCUUGUGACAGUGGGAAUGAAGUCUCACCCUACUCCCUGUCUCCACUCAGCAACAAGAGUCACAAACUCCUUCGUUCUCCUCGCAAGCCGGCCCGCAAGAUCUCCAAGAUCCCAUUCAAGGUACUGGAUGCCCCAGAGCUGCAGGAUGACUUCUACCUCAAUCUGGUGGACUGGUCAGCAGGCAACCUGCUGAGCGUGGGCCUGGGGGCCUGUGUGUACCUGUGGAGCGCCUGCACCAGCCAGGUGACAAGGCUGUGUGAUCUAUCUGUGGAUGGCGAUUCGGUGACAUCGGUGUGCUGGAAUGACAGGGGAAGCCUAGUGGCAGUGGGGACCCACAAAGGCUAUGUCCAGAUUUGGGACGCUGCAGGAGGGAGAAAACUGACCAGCCUAGAGGGUCAUUCUGCUCGUGUCGGUGCCCUGGCCUGGAAUGGGGACCAGCUGUCCUCGGGAAGCCGGGACCGGGUGAUUCUGCAGAGGGAUGUGCGCACGCCUCCACCUGUGGAGAGGCGGCUGCAGGGGCACCGGCAGGAGGUGUGCGGCCUCAAAUGGUCACCUGACCACCAGCACCUCGCCUCGGGGGGAAACGACAACAAGCUCCUGGUGUGGAACAGCUCCAGCCUGCUUCCAGUGCAGCAGUACAGUGAUCACCUCGCGGCAGUCAAAGCUAUCGCCUGGUCCCCUCACCAGCACGGGCUUCUGGCCUCCGGCGGCGGCACGGCCGACCGCUGCCUCAGGUUCUGGAAUACCCUGACCGGACAGGCCUUGCAGAGCACAGACACCGGCUCACAAGUGUGCAACCUGGCCUGGUCCAAACAUGCCAACGAGCUGGUCAGCACACACGGUUAUUCUCAGAACCAAAUCCUGGUGUGGAAGUACCCCUCCCUGACGCAAGUGGCCAAACUGACAGGGCACUCCUACAGAGUGCUUUACCUGGCCGUGUCUCCGGACGGUGAGGCCAUUGUGACAGGAGCUGGAGACGAGACUCUGAGGUUCUGGAACGUCUUCAGUAAAACGCGGUGCACCAAGGAAUCCAAGUCAGUGCUGAACCUCUUUACAAGGAUACGAUAGCGACUCGGAUAACGGGAAACAGCAGAGACAUCAUCUCCCAGUGCAGGCUGUGGGCAGUGCCUGGGAAACUGAUUUAAAGCACUCACUAUUCAGUACAAGUCACCAACCACUGCUGAAUGACUGCCUCCGUGAGAACUCUUAAAGACUCUGAGCUUUUAUACUAAAGACAGUCAACCAUGGACCUCCGUAUUUUUAAAUAUGCAGUGUUGUACUGAUAACAUUAAAAGUCGAGCACAGACACUUGGAAAAUG